UCGCGAUACUUGCUGUUCUAAAUCUCGCGUGAAGCAGUAGCUACUGUUGUUUGAAAAAUGGCGACAGAAGGCGAGGGAGAUAGUGCGCCUUUAGUUGAAACUGAGGCUGGAGAGGGUGAUGCAGCAUUUGGAGACUUGACAACCAACAUGGACACAGAAUCCUCAAAUGGCAAAGAAGCUAUGGACACCGCUGGAGAAGGGUCGGAAGCAGCAGAUGCUCAGACCGCUUCGGGGGACGAGGACAACGGACGGCAGCUCGGGGAGGUGGAGCUGCAGUGUGCGCUCUGUAUGAAGUGGUUCACCGCCGACACGUUUGGAAUCGACACGUCAACUUGUCUUGCAUUCAUGACCAACUAUGUGUUUCACUGCAAUGUGUGCCAUCACAGUGGCAACACCUACUUCCUGAGGAAACAAGCCAAUUUGAAGGAGAUGUGCCUCACUGCUCUGGCUAACCUGACAUGGCGGUCUCGGACUCAGGACGAGCACCCAAAGACCAUGUUCUCCAAAGACAAGGACAUUAUCCCGUUCAUUGAUAAGUACUGGGAGUGCAUGACCACCAGGCAGAGACCUGGGAAACUGACCUGGCCAAAUAACAUUGUGAAGACCAUGAGCAAAGAGCGGGAUGUUUUUUUGGUUAAAGAGCACCCUGAUCCCGGAAGCAAGGACGCGGAAGAGGACUACCCCAAGUUUGGACUCCUUGACCAGGAUCUCGCCAAUAUUGGACCCUCUUACGACAAUCAGAAACAAACAACUUCUGUCGCAACUCCGGGUGGACUGAACGCUGUACGUUGUGUUCCAGGUGGAUCAGCCUUUGCAGUCUGUGACCCAGCGUCCACAUGCACACGUGCUCUGGCUCCUGGCGGGACGGGGAAAGGCCGUGGAGCCAAACGCAAGCAGCAGCAGCAGGAGGGGGGCACGACGGGUGCCGCCAAGAGAACUCGCAGCGACCCACUCUUUUCUGCCCAGCGUCUGCCCCCCCAUGGGUACCCCCUGGAGCACCCCUUCAACAAGGACGGGUACCGCUACAUCCUGGCGGAACCAGACCCCCACGCGCCGGACCCAGAGAAGCUGGAGCUGGACUGCUGGGCGGGGAAGCCCAUUCCUGGGGACCUGUACCGAGCCUGCCUGUACGAGAGAGUCCUACUCGCCCUGCAUGACCGAGCUCCCCAGCUGAAGAUUUCGGAUGACCGUCUGACAGUCACUGGGGAGAAGGGCUACUCCAUGGUGCGGGCGUCCCACGGAGUGAGGAAGGGCUCCUGGUAUUUUGAGGUGUCCAUCGACGAGAUGCCCCCCGAUACAGCGGCCAGGCUGGGCUGGUCCCAGCCUCUAGGUAACCUGCAGGCCCCGCUGGGCUACGAUAAGUUCAGCUACUCCUGGCGCAGUAAGAAGGGAACCCGCUUCCACCAGUCCGUAGGGAAGCACUAUUCAGACGGCUACGGGCAGGGGGACAUCCUGGGCUUCUUCAUCGAGCUCCCAGAGAACACAGAGACUGCCAAGGCCCUGCCCGACACCUACAAGGACAAGGCACUGAUUAAGUUCAAAAGCUACCUGUAUUUCGAAGAGAAGGACUAUGUGGACAAGGCAGAGAAAAGCCUUAAAGCUGUGAACCCCAGCAGAAUGAUAUUUUAUAAGAAUGGCGUGAACCAGGGUCUGGCCUACGAGAAGCUGUUUGAGGGAAUGUACUUCCCCGCCAUCUCUCUCUACAGGGGCUGCACGGUGUCGGUAAACUUUGGACCACAAUUCAAAUACCCUCCUAAGGAUAUCAAGUACCAACCAAUGAGUGACAUGGGCUGGGGGGCCGUGAUAGAGCACACGCUAGCGGACAUGCUGUACCACGUGGAGACUGAGGUGGAUGGCCGUCGCAGCCCCCCUUGGGAGGGCUAACCCCCCUCACCCCCCCACCCCAUCAACAUUACUGUCCCCCAGAACCCAAUUUGCCUCAUGCCACACAGUCAGGGCUAAAUCCUCCACAUCCCAUUUGAAACAUAAGAACCUGCAACCCAACCAUAUUGAUCAUGAUCAAGGUGAAUCGGGUCCCAUAGAACUCACUGAUUUACACUAUGUGGCUUACAGUACAUAGUUUGUACAUUUGACUUUCCUGUACUAGCCUAAGACCGCUUGGGACUUCAGAAAACAGUUAUUCCUGCGUAUGAAUAAUUAUAAAUGUCUCCAUGGCACUCCCUGUCAGUGACUUGGUGAGCGAAUUAUAUCGUGCCUAUGUUUUUCAUUGGAAAUGACACAAGCCCACGAAGGGAAGUUUUUGAACUCAACAUGCAGCGCUUUGUGACCCACUUCUCUUCCCAUAUUGUACUGGGGCUGUUUAGACCGACUAGACAGCAUUCAUUUCCGAGUAAACCGUCAUGCCUCAUAGGAAGAUAUGAUGUGUCUGAGUGUAACGUGUGCACUUCGCCUGGCUUAUGGCCCAUUGUGUACAUCAGAGCUCAAAAUGGGCGGUUCUGAUUGGAGGGACGUGACUGGGAGCUGUAGUUCUUUUCACUGGUGUGAAUAGCCAAUCACCUGCUUGCUCUGUCUGCUCAUCAGUCGUGGGGAAAGGCCCCCUUACCACGCCACUCAGCCCAUUCCAGUCUGUUCAGCCAGUAUUUCCACACAGUCGUAUUAAACGGUCAGAGAUAUGUACAUUCACACUGCAUGUGCCAGCUUAGACGAUUUUCACCCCCUCGCUUGACUAGCCAGUGAAGUUAAUGAGCCCUGUCAUCAUUGCAAUUUCUGUAAAAUAUUUUUUUUUAUUAUUUUGUAUUGAAACUGAUUUUAAAUAAAAGUUUAAGUGGUGCUUUUGUCUUCUGUGAAGUCAUCAGAGAAUCCCUUUGAUGCUUCCUUGUGGUGAAACCAAUCUCUAUACAGGUUAUGGAAAGCUACAGUAGAUAGUUACAUUUUUGAACAUAAGCCAAGUAAGAUAACGUUAUGUUGUACCAUGACUUAGAAGGUGUAAUCCUGAUAUGAAUUGUAUUAAUCACUUUGAUCACAUCACAUAAAGAUGAUCUUUAAUGCAAGCAUUAAACAAUUUUCAAGAAACAUACAGUUUUAAUUCACAAUAAAUACAAAAUCAACAUGUGCAUGUAUGUGAAUUGAUGCUGUAUCAUGGCAGUAUGUAUAGGCUAUAAUGUUACAUGGACAAGACUCAAAUUAUGCUGAUUUAAUUCCGUCCAGGCUGAUACUGUCUCUACAGCUGGUACAUUGAAUGCACAGCAUAAAUGGCUGAGUGCAGUCCUUUAUGGUGUACAGUGGUAUUCAAAAGUAUGGGCACUUUUUUAUUUUCUAAGUGGAAAAACCUUAAUCAUGAUACAUUUCUUAAAAUUUUAGUGCACAUGUACUAUUUUAUUAUACACUCAAACUUCUGCAUACCAUUGUGCAUGUAUUUGUAUUUUGUCAAAGCCAAAGGCACCACUUUUCUAGUGGUUCCUAUUUUUUGCUUGAUUGAACCUGAGCUGGUAAAACAUAAUUUUUUGGGUAUCUUGCGUGUCGAGCAGAUAACUUUGGACAGAAGCAUAAAUUAUAUCAAAUUAUUUGUUAUCUUUCUUUGGAUUAAAUGUAGGGAUGGUCAGUGCUGGGUGUACUGACUGGUAGUCUCACCUGCCUGGCUUACUGUUUUCUCAUAUAUAAAUCAACACCGGUUCACUGUGAUAAGAAACGUUCCACAGACAUUGCAAUUGUCAUAAUUUAUUUGCUGAGCCAGGGUGAUUUACAGCAGUGUUCUUUUACAAUAAAUACGGGCAACAAAAUACAAAAUACAAAGUGCAAAUUCUA